AUGGGUAUCUCUCGUGACUCCCGCCACAAGCGCUCCGCCUCCGGUGCCAAGCGUGCCUUCUACCGGAAGAAGCGCGCUUUCGAAGCUGGCCGCCAGGGUGCCAACACCCGUAUCGGAGCCAAGCGCAUCCACACCGUCCGCACCCGCGGCGGCAACCACAAGUACCGUGCUCUGCGUCUCGACUCGGGCAACUUCGCCUGGGCGUCCGAGGGCUGCACCCGCAAGACGCGUGUCAUCGCCGUCGCCUACCACCCUUCCAACAACGAGCUCGUCCGCACCAACACCCUGACCCGCAGCGCCGUCGUCCAGGUCGACGCCGCCCCCUUCCGACAAUGGUACGAGGCCCACUACGGCCAGCCCAUCGGCCGUAGACGCCAGAAGGCCCAGGCCGCCAAGGAGGGCAAGGUCGAGGAGGAGGCCAAGAAGAGCAAGGCCGUCGAGAAGAAGCAGGCCGAGCGCUAUGCUGCCCACGGCAAGGUCGACGCCGCUGUUGAGAAGCAGUUCGAGGCUGGUCGCUUGUAUGCCAUUAUUUCCAGCCGUCCCGGUCAGUCUGGCCGCUGUGAUGGUUACAUCUUGGAGGGUGAGGAGCUUGCCUUCUACCAGCGUAAGCUGCACAAGUAA